AUGAAAGAAGCACCACCCUCUGCACUGGCGCCGUGGCGCGAGCGUCUUAUAGCCUCCAAUGUGUUCAUGCGCUACGAUUACGCCUGGAAAGAAGUUGAGUUUCGGCAGGCAGCACACCGCAUCACUGGCAUUGGCUGUCGACUGCUAUACCAAUACGCUGUUUGGAUGGAGGCUUACAAUCACACAUUAAAAUCUGGCGUCUUAAAACCACGUAAUAAGGUCUUUAUCGAGGGUAAUGGUUUCCCAGCAUUUCAAGAACAGUUGAUCAAGGCUUCUCCUCCAGGUGAUCAAGAUAGCGAGUGUAAUCAAUAUAAGUCAUUUCAAGUGGUAGUGGAACACGCAAAGACUUUGCCAGCCAAUGACAAGCCAAUGUUCUGCUUGUUAUUGGGUGACGCGGAAUUUUUACCUCGCCCGAAGACUGAAGAAGCUGAGCAUAGGCGAAGUCUCAGUGAUUUUGCUAUUUCGCAAGAGUUAUCUUCGAUCGCGAAAAAGGCAGACUAUGGAUCCGUGGCUCAAUUUGCGGUGGAAUUUGUUCCUGCAAGCACGAAGAAUUUAAGUAACGAAUAUAAAGAAGACAAGUCGAGAAAACUAGAUUCAUUGAUGAGUAGAUUUGGAUGUGUUGGCCAGAAUCUCAUGCACCACACCGAAAAGUGGGAAUUCUAUGCUCCAUGCGAGAGCGUGUUCUGUCAUGAAGAAAACGAUCCGAAUGGGGUGACUCACCCAAGUGAGGAAGACACGAUGUUCUGGCUUAAGAUGACCAAUGUGGUCAAGGUCAUGUCUCGCUUACUACUACGCUCAGUGCGUUCGUCAUCAGCAGUUGCAGCCAUUGCAGCAGCAGCCAGCUCUUCCGCAGCAUGCAGCUGGUCUACUUCUCGUCUAGAAGCCACCAUCGAUGACAAACCGACUUUUACGGAGCGCACUGUGGGCAGUUAUGAGAAUCGAUUACAGUACUAUAUGACUAGAGAUGAUCUUGCACGAGCUGUGACGCCUUACACAUAUCGUCAUGGGGCUCCAAUCGCCUCGAAAAACCCAAAAUUUAAUGCCAAGGCGAGCAACACGAAGUGCUCAAAAGACAUUUCGGACGAAUAUUUGCGACGUGUACAAAAGCUCUUGAUCGACAAUACCAAUGCAUCAGUUGAGGAAGUUAAAGAAUUGCUUAAAUUCAAAGAAGUAAAGUCCGUAGACUUUGAAACGCACAUCAAGACGCUGAAGACUCUUCAAGUCACAAACGCAGAGUUCGAACAAUUCGUGGCAAUGCACGGUGGUCCCCAGCGUCCUAAAACAUUUUUUGAUAUGGUUGAUGCGGAUGGUGAUGGCCUGAUUAAUUACGCUGAAUUCAUGUUCUUGAGAACAUUGCUUGCGAUUCCGGAGCGGCAGUUUGAGCUGGCAUUUAAGAUGUUUGAUACAGAUGAUAACGGUAAACUGGAUCAUCGAGAGUUCAAACAGAUCAUGGCACUGAUGCGACUGCGCACACCUGCGGGUCGACAAGAUCGGAGACUUCAUGACGAUGAGUUUUCCUUUACAAACGUCUACUUUGAGCAGUAUGAUGUUGAUGGCAACAAGACGCUUUCGCCUCGUGAAUUUGGCAUGUUCUUAGUCUCGCAUGUUGACCAGCGUCACAUUGAAAAGUGGAUUGAGCGCGUGGACUUGUUGCUGCAUUUGAGUGGAUGCAUCACAGAACAGGAAUUUAUGGAUUUCAACAUUUUUCUUGAGCACCUGGACGAACUCAAAGUGGCUAUGGACCUCGUGAUGCAAGCUCAUGGUGUGAAUAAAGAACAAUUUCAGCGGGCUACAAGAGCUGCCGUGCGUGCAAGCAAGAACACGAGACCCGUUACUCCUCUGCUAAUUGACAUUUUGUUCACGCUCUUUGAUUUGAACGGUGAUGGAUAUUUGUCGACAAAAGAGUUUAUUGAGGUGAUGCAGACUCGCAAAGACAGCGGGCUUACUGAGCCUCGAGACACUGGGGCAUUUCACUUUCUUCAGCGCAUCAAGCAAUGCAUCGAUAGCAUUUCAUAG